AUGGGUGACGGUGGUUUUCUUGUUCUCGUAAACGGUACGCCGUACCGUUGGAAGCGAUCAGACCAGAACAGCUAUCAGAUGAAAGCAUGGGACUUUCCGGAUGUCAUUGAAGCUGGAAAGGUCCCCAGAAUUUACGUCGAGUUCAAUCAAGGAGCUUUCAAAAAACGAUCCGACACAAGCGGUUCGGUCAAGUACACCCUUGAAGGCACAAAAUGCAGCUUCACCAUCCACGUCCGCGACGACGAUGAAAGACUCUGGGCCAAACUGGACAAUCUCGACGCAGUCGGUAACUCUCGCGGUUCUGAGAUUCAACUUGGCUGGCGACAUGACGAAUGCAUUAGCUUUGUUCUGUCUGGCUCAGAGGAUGAGUUUCACACGACCAACCCGCCCAUGGACUGGAUGCAGCAGUGCAUAGGAACAUUGGGUAAACGUCCUCUUUCACAGCUUUGCUUGAUGGGAACUCACGACUCUGGAAUGUCGACUACUAGCCAUUCGCUUGUCCCUGUUAGUCCGAUCGACCCGUAUGUUUUGUGUCAGUCGGAGGAUAUCCAUGGCCAGCUUGAGCUGGGUGCGCGGUACUUUGACAUUCGACCUCAGCUCUACAAGAAAAAGUGGUGCACAGGUCACUACACCGGCAAGGUCGGCGCUCGAGGAGAAUCUAUCCCCAGCAUUAUCGAGGGUGUGAACAAGUUCACAAAGAACAAUGCGGAACUGAUCAUCAUCAAUUUCUCCCACUCUCUUCAAAGCGACGUUGAAGAUUGGCGCGAGUUCAACAAGGAAGAAUGGCACUCUCUCAUGGAGGAGCUUCUCAAGCUAGAGCAUCUCUACAUCCUAGAAGACAAGUCCAAAGCCAACAACCUCGGCUCUCUCAAACUCGACGACUUUAUCGGCAACGGAAAAGCAGCAGUUGUAUGCAUCAUCGAAGAAUGGGGCAGCAUGAGUCUAGGCGACUACGCAAACAAGGGCUUCUACAAAUCUUCCCAGUUCAAUGUUCGAAACGAAUACUCCAACAAAGAUGAAACCGAGUACAUGGUCAAGGAUCAAAUCGAAAAGAUGAAGGACCACAUGUCAUCCAAGGAUAAGCGACUCUUUUUGCUCUCUUGGACUUUGACGCAGCAGGUGCCCGCGUGGGCUGGAAGCGUCAGAAGCUUGGCUGAUAAAGUGGGUGAUUCGAUCAAGCCGAUCAAGUUUCUUGCUAGGGAGUGCAACAAGGAGCUUUUCACGCAACUUUUGCCUGAGAUUAGUGACAAGGCUUUUCCGAAUGUUGUUUAUAUCGAUUACCUCAACAACAGGGAGUAUCUUCCUCUGGUGAUUGCUAUCAACGACAAGGUUUUCAACAACUGA